GCACUGUGCUCUGCCGAACUAAAUAUUCUAAAAUGCUGUCCAUGAAAGUUAUUUUCUUGCUUGGCCUGACUGUCGCCGUUGCAAUGGCUGGCCAUGUUCCAACUCUUGGUGGUGUUGAAGAACUCUCAGGUGCUGGUCUUAAGGAGGCUGAGGAUACAUUGAAUCUCUCUCUGACCAAGUUGGCUGCUGGUGAAGGACCAAACUACAAAUUGGGCAAGAUCAUUUCGGCUUCACGUCAAACUGUCUCUGGCUUCAAAUAUAUUUAUCAAGUGGAGCUUGUUGAGGGCAGCAAGACCAAGACUUGCAACGUGGAGAUCUGGUCCCGUACCUGGUUGAAGGACGGUAUUGAGGUGACAUUCAACUGUCCCGAAGGCAGCGUUACCAAGAAGCACAGCGUCUAAUCAUUCUGUACUGCGUUCUGAUAAAAAUAAAAACUCCAACAAAUGAAAAAAAA